UCUUCCCACCUUUAAACCCUCCUUUGGGCGUCCCCCGAAACUUUCAGCUUCCAAAGGAGGGAAAAAGGAAAUGGAGGAAAGUAUCUCUGAGGAGUUCAAAUCCUUCUUGGAUUCUGGUAUCUACCGCCUGGAUGGAUCGAAGGUGGUCUUCGUAGAUCCCGUUCGCCUCCUCAACGAUUCCUACUCCCGCUUUGGGGUUUCUCCCUCCGCCUACUACUCCCGUUCCUUCCAAUCUACGGAUCGAGAAAGAGUAGAAGAAGAAGAUAAUGCCCCCUCGAUUUCGAAGAAGAAGAGGAAGCGAAAGAAGAGGCCUCGCGAUCUAAACGAGAGAGAAAAGUCCGCGGAGAAACGCCAUCAAGAAGCGAAAUCUUUGUUACUCAAAGCACACAGAGCUUUUCUUGAAGUUGCCGGGCUUCAAGCGUUUCUUCCGAAAUUAGUCAAGUGCGAGGAAUUUACACAUGAUGGUGAAACUGAAGAAAAGAAUUUUAUUGAGCUUGGAAGCCAUUGGCAAGCGCCACUCUAUGAGAUUGCUCUUUGUUUUCCCAAGUCACAUGAAGGAGAAGAUUCAUGGCUUGGCAACCAUGUUGGGAGGACAGUGGUUCCAUUAUUUAAUAACUUAAUUAGCAAUGAAACAAAUGAUGAGGUGGAGGCUGAAUUCAACAACAGCCAGUACAUAUUACCUGGAAGAAGCUGCUUCUACAUGUCCGACUUGAGACAAAUUCGCAACCUCAUCCCGGCUAAGUCUGAUCAGGGCUUUAACCUCAUUGUCAUUGAUCCGCCAUGGGAAAACGGAAGUGUUCGCCAGAAAGCAGUGUUUCCUACAUUACCCAACCGAUACUUUCUGUACCUUCCUGUUAAAGAACUUGCUCAUGCUGAAGGUGCCCUUGUGGCUUUAUGGAUGACUAACCGGGAGAAGCUGCGUAUGUUUGUUGAGAAAGAUCUGUUUCCUGCUUGGGGAGUAAGCAAUGUCACACUCUGUUACUGGCUGAAGGUGAAACCAGAUGGGUCCUUGAUUGGUGAAUUGGACUUAUUUCAUCAUAGACCAUAUGAAUACCUUCUACUCGGCUACAUUAAUAUGGAGAAUAUUAAUUCAGAGUGCACACCAGCAGUUAAUUUGGAAGAUGCUCAUGUUAUUAUCAGCAUUCCAGGUGUCCACUCAAGGAAGCCCCCUUUAGGAAAACUACUAUGGGAUCAUAUACCAGGCACCAAACCUGUGAAAUGUAUUGAGCUUUUUGCUAGAGAAUUGGUGGCUGGUUGGUCAUGUUGGGGCAACGAACCGCUUCACUUUCAAGACUCGAGAUACUUUAUGGAAAGACAAGAAAGAUGAUCUGAGAUGAGGAUCUGAAGAAUGUAGUCUGUUGCUGUAUGAGAACAUGAAAACUUUCUGGAGAUGAACUGUCAUGAUAAUCAAUGGCUUUUUCCAUCAAAAUACAACUCUUAAGAAGACUACAUGGAAGAAGAAGAUAGUCAUAACCAGCUUCUGUCAAUUCUUUCCUGGAGCCCUGCCUGAAUGAGCAACUCCAGGCAAGAGGGGAUGCAAUGAAACCUAAAUGGCUGGUUGGUGGAACAGAGAAAAUGAUGAGGUCUAAUGCAUGAUAGAUUAAUGUUCUUCAACAUAAUGAUCCCGUAUACAGGAAAGGAAAUUCUAAAAUAGAAGGGGGAAUUUCCUGUUUGGAGGUUUGAUUUAAAAAUGUAGACAUGUUUUGCCUUGUGCAAGCAGGAGCAAUAAAUCUGUUGUGUUUGGAACUCGAAUUUGUUGCAGUUGGAGACCUGUUAGUGUGGUGGUUCUUUAGCUUGAAGUUUGGGGUUGUUUGGGUUAAAAGAGAGGAGAAAAAUAGAAAUUUUGGGGGAUUCUUGGAUGUUGGAAUAUGCAUUUUAAAUCUGAUUAGUAUCAUAUCUCAUGUUUUUCUGUGGCUCAACUAUUAUAUAUGAUGUUAAUAUUAACCUGCA